AGAUUCUCCCCUCCUCUCUCUUUCGUCUUUCCCCACCCGACCCGUCCUUGCUCCAACAUAUUAUUCCUCUCUCCAAUUAUGUUUAUGUCCGAGAAAAGCUAACUAAUUCUUAGUAGCUAAACUCCAACUUGAAGAUCCUCCUUUCACAUUUCUUCUCUACUCUACUCCAAUUCAGCGUUUUUAAACGCAAAACCAACUCCAACAUCUGCUCCUCGUAUCCGAUACUCCCAACAGAAUCUCGUUCAAAAAAAGCAAAGAAAACGGGCGUUUUAAUUUUUGAUGUGCUGUCUUCUGUUAAAUGGAUACUUUGUUUAGACUUGUCAGCCUCCAACAACCAUCUGAUCAGUCCUUCAACUCCAGCAGAACUUCAAGCAGCUCUAGAUCUUCUAGACAAAACCACCAUUACAACCAACAUCAACAACAAGAAGAAGAAGAAGAAUGCUUCAACUUUUUCAUGGAUGAUGAAGACUUCUCCUCUUCUUCUUCCAGGCCGCACUACAAUCCUUACCAGCAGCAUCAGCAGCAAACUUCAAGCACCCCAACCCCUACCACCACUAACACAAGCAGCACCCCCACUCACCAUCCCUAUGAAUCAGCUGAUUUUUCUUUCUCCCCUGCCAGGGACAUAAACCAAGAAUUUGCUUCUUCGUUUUCUGGCAAGUGGGCUUCCGAUAUUCUCCUCGAAACAGCCCGAGCCAUUGCGGAUAAGAACAGUUCUCGCGUGCAGCAGCUCAUGUGGAUGCUCAAUGAGCUCAGCUCACCCUACGGCGACACUGAUCAGAAGCUCGCCUCUUAUUUCCUCCAGGCCUUAUUCAGCCGCAUGACGGACUCCGGAGAGCGAUGCUAUCGUGCCUUAGUAUCUGCGUCAGAAAAAACUUGCUCUUUCGAGUCAACUAGAAAAAUGGUUCUGAAAUUUCAAGAGGUUAGUCCGUGGACAACUUUUGGACACGUUGCUUGUAAUGGGGCGAUCCUGGAGGCUGUUGAAGGAGAGCCUAAGUUGCACAUAAUUGAUAUUAGCAACACGUUUUGCACGCAAUGGCCUACUCUGCUAGAAGCCCUAGCAACACGAAGCGACGAAACCCCGCAUCUCCGCCUCACGACGGUGGUGGUCAGCAAGGCUGGCGCCGCCGGAGGAGGAGCCGCGGGCGUGCAAAAAGUCAUGAAAGAGAUAGGUAGUAGAAUGGAGAAGUUUGCUAGACUUAUGGGCGUGCCCUUCAAAUUUAACGUGUUACAUCAUGCAGGCGAUUUAUCCGAACUAAAUUUAUCUGAAUUGGAUAUUAAGGAAGAUGAGGCACUGGCCAUCAACUGCGUAGGAGCAUUACACUCGGUUUCAACGCUCGGUAAUCGUAGGGACUUUCUCAUUUCCAUUUUUAGAAGUUUGCAGCCUAGGAUCAUGGCUGUUGUGGAAGAAGAAGCUGAUCUUGAUGUAGGAUUUGAUGGUUACGAUUUUGUCAAAGGUUUUCAAGAAUGUUUGAGAUGGUUUAGGGUUUACUUCGAAUCAUUGGACGACAGUUUCCCGAAAACGAGUAACGAACGUUUGAUGUUGGAGCGCCAAGCUGGACGCGCCAUAGUUGACCUCGUGGCGUGCCCCGCUGCCGAGUCGAUAGAGCGGCGAGAGACCGCCACGCGCUGGUCACAUCGCUUACAUGCAUCCGGCUUUGGACCCGUUUCGUUUAGUGACGAGGUGUGCGAUGAUGUACGCGCCCUUUUGAGGAGGUACAAGGACGGUUGGUCAAUGGCACAGUGCAAUGAGUCGGCCGGAAUUUUCUUGUCCUGGAAAGAUCAGCCGGUGGUUUGGGCUAGUGCAUGGAGGGCCUGAUCAUGAUGGUGACUCUCUCACUAAAGAAAAUUUUGGAAAAUGGUGGUGAUCUGCGCACGUGGGAGAGGGGUCUUAUGGCACGUGCCUGGCGUGGAGUUUGGGGGUGGAGAAGAUCGUGAAUUUGUUUUUUUUUUUUUUUUUUUGGGAGCAGAGAAAGAAAGAAAGAAAGAAAAAAAGAAAGACGAAGAGGAAGAAGAAGAUGAUGAUCAUGAAGUUAAACAAAAAAAAGAAAGAACGCACCAAGGCUUUUCGCAUUAAUCCAGUGGAGCGGAGUAAGAUGGUUUUUUAUUAAUUGAUCAUGUAGUUUAUUACCAUUUGUGAUUAUUUUGUUGUUUACAAGAAACUCUUCUAUUUUGGUUUAUA